AUGAAAACGGAAAAUCGUUCGAAAGAAGAAACUGCGACUUAUCAAGAAUGGUUCCAUUUGGCAGAUUCAGAUGGAGAUGGACGCAUCAGUGGAAACGAAGCUACGAAGUUCUUCGCACUCUCCAACUUAUCUCGCUCUCAACUCAAGCAGCUUUGGGCUCUUUCUGAUACCAAACGUCAAGGAUUUUUAGGUUUCACAGAGUUCGUUACUGCGAUGCAGUUGGUUUCGCUUGCACAAGCCGGAUAUGAACUUAAUUCCGAUUUACUAAAGAUUCAAUUGGAUAAGGAAAAUGUUAAACCACCUGUGAUUGAAGGAUUAGAUACUUUAGUGGCACAAACCAAGAGUUUGUUGACAAUAACUGCCCAGCCUGAAGUGAAUGUGAGUGCCCUGCCUCAACCAUUUUUAGCUAACUCAUGGUUCACUUCAAAAUCAAGAUCUUCAAAGAAAUUACCUCCCAAUGCAGUUACAUCAAUAGUUGAUGGCUUGAAGAAAUUGUAUAUUGAAAGACUAAAGCCCUUGGAAGCUGCUUAUAGAUAUGAUGAUUUUGCAUCUCCGUUGUUGACUAACAGUGAUUUUGAUGCUAAACCCAUGGUCAUGCUUCUUGGUCAAUACUCUACGGGGAAAACAACAUUUAUAAAACAUUUGUUAAAAUGUGAUUAUCCAGGAGCACACAUUGGACCAGAGCCUACAACAGAUAGAUUUGUUGUUGUCAUGUCCGGCCCUGAUGAGAGGAGUAUUCCUGGAAACACUAUAGCUGUUGAUGCUGACAUGCCUUUUGGUGGCCUGACAACUUUUGGAGGUUCAUUUUUAUCGAAGUUCCAAUGUUCUCAAAUGCCACAUUCUCUGCUGGAUGAAAUAACAAUUGUGGACACUCCUGGUGUCCUAUCUGGAGAGAAACAAAGGACACAAAGAAGCUAUGAUUUCACUGGUGUUGUAUCUUGGUUUGCUGCCAAAUGCGAUGUCAUUCUUCUUCUAUUUGACCCGCAUAAACUUGACAUCAGUGAUGAGUUCAAACGUGUAAUUUCUUCAUUACAUGGCAAUGAGGACAAGAUUCGCGUGGUUUUGAACAAGUCAGACCAAGUUGAUACUCAACAACUUAUGAGAGUUUAUGGAGCGUUGAUGUGGUCACUAGGGAAGGUUCUGACUACUCCUGAAGUUCCACGUGUAUACAUUGGGUCGUUUAAUGAUAAGCCUACAGCUGAAGGAUUUGAUGGUUCACUGGGAAAAAAUCUCUUUGAGAAGGAACAGAACGAUUUGUUGGCAGAUUUGCUCGAUAUCCCAAAGAAGACAUGCGAUCGUAGGAUCAAUGAAUUUGUGAAACGAGCUAGAUCGGCCAAAAUUCAUGCAUACAUAAUCAGCCAUCUUAAAAAAGAGAUGCCAGCAAUAAUGGGCAAAGCCAAGGCUCAACAAAAACUUAUUGAUAAUCUGGAUAAUGAAUUCGCAAAGGUUCAAAGGGAGUACCAUCUACCAGCUGGUGACUUUCCCAAUGUUGAACACUUCAAAGAAGUUUUGAGUAGUUAUAGCAUCGACAAAUUUGAGAAACUAAAGCCAAAAAUGAUCCAGGGCAUAGAUGACAUGCUUGGAUAUGAAAUACCAGAGCUUUUAAAGAAAUUCAGAAAUCCUUACAAUUAA